UGCCAUUUGGUUUGUUAAUUGUGCCAACUGUUUCAAGCAGCGAGCGCCCCCCAAAUAACACAAAAGUACAACCAUGAACAAGUUCGCCACUCUCGCGGUAUUCUUCUGCGCCUACCUGGCUGUCGGCAGCUGCAACUAUGGCGGCUCCAACUAUGGUGGACACCGCAGCAUCUCCAACUACGCUCAGCGUUCGGAGGGUGGUGCCGCUGCCGCAUCCAGCGCCGCUGCUGUCGGUGGCAACGACCAGCGUCCCGUUGAGAUCAUUGCCGGUCCCCGUUAUGGCGGCAGCGAGCAACUGCGCCCCAUCCUGAUCGACUCUGGCUACGGUCAUGGUGGACACAGCGGCUAUGGACAUGGCCGUGGACACGGAAACAUUGGACACAUUGGACACAUUGGCGGUCUCGACGGCUUGGGCGGCAUCGGCGGCCUCGGCGGCUAUGGCGGUCUGAUUGGCGGCGGCAACUAUGGUGGCCACCAGCGCAGCUACAACAACCGUCCUCGUUACUCUGUCCAGCCCGCUGGCGCCACUCUGCUGUACCCCGGCCGCAACAACUACCGUCGCAUCGUCUCGCCCGUCGAGUACUCGAAGGUGGUGCUGCCCGUGCGCGCCGCUCCCCCAGUAGCCAAGCUGUACCUGCCCGAGAACAACUACGGCAGCUACGGCAACGAGGGCCUCAAGUACUAAGAACUUGAUGCACCAAGCCGAGAACUCAUCCUCCAACAUCAGUUCAAAUCUCAAGCUCUCGCACUGGAUGAGUUCGUUGUGCCAAAAGCGCUAAAUAAAAUUGUGAAUAAAAAAAAAAAA